GUUUGUCUGACUUCACAGUCUGGUGACCCGACAGGACUCAGCCUUCAUGGCCGGCAGUCUGACCCACCACGGCUCCUCCAACCCCGGCUACAGCACUAACACUAUCUCAAUGCCGGUCAUCACACAGACGGACUCCAGGGACAAAUGGAGCAAAAAGAUGGAUUUUCUCUUGUCUGUCAUUGGCUUUGCCGUGGAUCUGGGAAAUGUUUGGAGAUUUCCUUACAUAUGUUAUCAAAACGGUGGAGGAGCUUUUUUAAUUCCCUACAUUUUAAUGGCUAUCUUUGGCGGCGUGCCUCUGUUUUACAUGGAGCUGGCACUGGGGCAGUUUCACAGAACUGGAGCCAUAUCCAUAUGGAAACACAUCUGCCCCAUUUUCAAAGGUAUAGGAUAUGCCAUUUGUGUCAUCGCUCUGUAUGUCUCCUUCUAUUACAACACCAUCAUCGCCUGGGCUCUAUUCUACUUUUACUCCUCUUUCUCCACGAUCUUACCUUGGACAAACUGUGACAAUGCAUGGAAUACUCCGGACUGCACCAACUACUUUGGCAUGGACAACGUCACCUGGACAAAUUCCUCCAGGUCUCCAGCAGAGGAAUUUUACACGAGGAAUGUUCUUGAGAUCCACAAGUCCUCAGGACUGCGAAACGUUGGGGGUGUUCGCUGGCAGCUGAUGCUCUGCCUCUUUCUCAUUUUUACUAUCGUAUACUUCAGCCUCUGGAAGGGGGUUAAGACCUCUGGGAAGGUAGUGUGGGUGACGGCCACUUUGCCCUACAUCGUGCUCUUCAUCCUGUUAAUUCGUGGAGCCACUCUGCCAGGGGCCUGGAGAGGUGUUGUGUUUUACCUAAAACCUCAGUGGGAGAAGCUGCUCGAGACCAGCGUGUGGGUAGAUGCUGCAGCUCAAAUAUUCUUCUCGCUGGGUCCUGGUUUCGGGGUGCUCCUGGCUCUCUCCAGCUACAACCCUUUCACAAACAACUGCUAUCGCGAUGCCAUUGUGACCACUUUGGUGAACUGUGUGACCAGCUUCGUGUCAGGGUUUGUAAUCUUCACUGUCCUGGGCUACAUGGCAGAGAUACGAAAGGUGGAGGUUGAGGAUGUCGCCAAGGAUAAAGGACCAAGUUUACUUUUCAUCACUUACCCAGAAGCCAUUGCAAACAUGAUGGGCUCAACAUUUUUCGCCAUCAUCUUUUUUGUGAUGAUGAUCACGCUGGGGCUGGACAGCACGUUUGGUGGGCUGGAGGCAAUCAUCACUGCUGUACUGGAUGAAUACCCUGACCGUUUCGCUCACAGACGGGAACUUUUUGUCCUAUGCUUAGUACUGGUCUGCUUUUUGGGCUCCCUAAGCACCCUUACAAAUGGUGGUGCCUACGUGGUGAAGCUGCUGGAGGAAUUUGGAGUAGGCUGUUCCAUUAUUGCUGUGGGCUUUUUGGAGGCUAUUGCUGUUUCUUGGUUCUACGGCAUUAAAAGGUUCAGCAGUGACAUUCAAGCAAUGUUGGGCAAAGCUCCAGGAUUAUUCUGGAAGGUGUGCUGGGUCGCCAUCAGUCCAGCAUUUCUAGCGUACAUUAUAGUGAGUUUCCUGGUGAAGUCUCCGCCCCUCACGCUGUUUGAAUAUAAGUAUCCUGAGUGGAGCAUCACAGUGGGUUACAUCAUUGGCUUCUCGUCUUUUAUGUGGAUCCCCAUUUACAUGGUCUACAAGCUGGUGUGGACUCCUGGGUCUCUAAAACAGCGCCUGGCUGUGUGUCUGCGACCAGAAAGGACUGUACCAGACAUCCACGCUGAUACCUUCCACAUGGCUCCUGUGCCAUAGAAACAGCAA